UUCAGCGCUCAGUCACCGUCGGGUGCGGACGUCGCUCGGGCUCUGCUUGUCCCCCACUACGUGUGCUUUCUUAAAUGUUAAAAACUCUCAAACUUGUGGUUACCUUUUUUUUUAAGUAACAGAAAGGCUAAUAUAUUAUAAUUUCUUGACAAUCUGUGCGCUAAUUUUUCCGUAUAUGUAUCAGCAAGCAGCGACUAUUAGUGCCAGAGUGAAAUAGCUUUGUAUCCGUUUGCUGAAUGUGCUACAUUAUACACUACACGGCCCCAUUUAAGCGAUCGUUCCUGGACCAGUGUGUGUGUGUGGAAGGCCGGUGUAUGUGCGUGCUGCCGCUAUGUUUAUAGAGUUAUAGAGCUGGUGGCCGGUAUAUCCUGUGCUAUCCGGUCAACAACAACGGCGUUGGCAACCGUUGCUCUUUAGUGCCACCCCCCCCCACCGGCCGCUGCUGGCACCUGAGUGCCACCAGCGUACAGAGUGGCACUUUGUACUGGGCCAUCAGCUCAGUACAAAGGUUGUGUAGGUGUGCCAGAGGCUACGAGCACUUAUGAAUAACAGGUUUCACUGAUUAAAAAUAUGUUCCACGACGAAUAACAUUUCACUGAUGUUUCACCUGUUCUUCUAAUGAAUAACAGAUUUCAAUAGUGAAUUGAAUAAUCCACUAAUGAAAAUUGCGUUUCAUUGAUGACUAACAUGAUCCAUUGAUGAAUAACAUGUUCCGCUGAUGAAUCACAUGUUCCACUGAUGAAUAACAUACUCCAAUGUUGAAUAUGUUCUACUGAUGGAUAACAUGUUCCACUGAUGAAAACAAUGUUCCAUUGAUGAAUUGAAAGAUCCAUAAUGCAUUGAAGAGCUUUUUUUUUGAACUUUCACAUAUAACUGAUAAAAUAAUUCUCAUAAACGAGUAACGAAACAAAAUUAAUUUAGUGGUGUCAAUUACGACAGAUCUCAAAUCUGCCAAUUAAAACCACAAUGAUCAACGCACAAUUAUUCGUAUGGUAAAAAAAAGAGAGUAAUAUUGCCAUAAUACCGAUUCACGACGAUGGUAUUUGGCAAACGAGAGGUGAUGGCAAGAAAUGGUUCCCUGUACGGUAUUGAAAGGGAGAUGACCGUGGAUUUAUACGAAACGGGGUUAUCAGCGGCGGGGCAAAAUGUUGUUUGUCUACUACCUGAAUGAAACACUUAGGGUUAAAAGUAAGCAUUGAUAUGAACAUUUGUUUGGAGUACAAUGCGACUUGUUCUUCCGGUAUGAGAGAGUGGAGGUACCAUGGCUGUUUGAAAGGGUACAACACACCCGUGUGAGUGGGGGUGUUCUACGCUCGUAUAAAGGCUACUGGUAGCUUAAUAAAAAGGGGUACCACGCCCGUGUAAGGGAUAUCACUACCUUGUGAGGGGGAGUACCACGCACAUGUGGACGCGGUACACGCUUGGAAGAGAAGUACCUUGGAGGUUACACGUUGUGCGGGCCGGGACAGCUCCCCCAGCGACCCCGCGUACUAUGGGAAGAUGCGGUCGUAGAGCUGCCAACACAUCAGGCUUUAAUGCAAGUUCUCAGUGACAUCUCCAGCCUCUUCAAGAUGGGCAUCUGUCUCGAUACAGGCCAACGCUCCGAGACACUCAGCCUCCACGACCUAGAUGAAGAUCGCAGUGGAUCCCCGUUGGUGGGGGAGGGAAGGAAUGGGGAGGCCGGAACAACGGCGGCGACCACCCCGAACACAGCGGCGCCUCCAGGAGGACCCAACAACACCGCCCCGACGGAGACGAUCACAGGCGCCCCCGUUAUCUUCUUCCUCGGUGGGCCAGGGAGCGGUAAGAUGACCCAUGCGCAGAACCUGGCCGACAUCCAUGAGGGUUACCGACACAUCAACCUCUCAGUCGUCAUUAGCGAAUACAUCAAAGAGAAUGACCUUGGGUCGCCUCGGUCCAUCUCAGCGACUAUCGCCUUGGCUCUGCUGGCCCGAGAGAUGCAUCUCACUCAACGCUGCAAAGGAUACUUAGUGUCCGGUUACCCGCGGCAUAUGGAGGAUGUUCUCCACUACAACGAUAAGCUUGGCCGACCCACUGGGGCUAUCUUGCUGGAAUGGGACCGUGGAACUCUCAUCAGGAAUAUUGAGUUGAGAAUGAGAGAGUAUUGUUUGAGUCAGAGCUGCAAGCUGAGGAGUGCUGGUCGUAUGCUAGGUAACGUUGAUGGGGCCAUCCUGCUGGACUGGAGGGAGUCCACACUGCUCAGUAACCUGGAGGCUGGAGCGAGGAUGGGUACCCUUAUGCUGGACGCUGCCAGGAAGGAUCUCUCAGAGUUCCACAGCAAGGUGCUGCCUGUGUGCGAACACUUCGACAACCACGGUCUUCUUUAUGUGGUGUCUGGGGAGAGGAGUCAGGAGGAAGUGUUUAGAGACGUCCAGAGAGCACAUGACAAAAUUAUGAAGCCUCCUCCUCUGCCUCCUCCCUCACGGGCCUCUGUGGGGUCGUACCGCGAGUACCGAAACAUGACGGCAUCUGUGAGGAAUCAACCGCUCUCCACCUCAAUCAUUAACGUCAACUCGGAAGAUGCCAUCUUUCCUCCUUGCCUCUUCUUCAUGGGUGGCCCUGGGAGUGACAAGUGGCGGCUGAUGAGCGGCAUCACGUACCUGUACCCAGGGUGGGCGUGUGUGUGUGUCGGCCAGAUGCUCCGUGACCACGUUGCUUGCUGGAGGGAGGACCCGGAGACCUACACGGCGCUGCCCAGCGAGAAGGUCGUCAUGAUACAGAAUCUUAUGCGCAAAGGCGAGCUGGUGCCCCAGGAUUUAAUUCUGGAUUUAGUGAAGACACAGCUGGAAGAUCUCAAGUCGCAUGAGGGAAUUGUGUUGGUUGGGUUUCCUCGAGACAUUAUUCAAGCUCAGAACUUCGAGGAAAAGUUUCACCAGAUCCCUACACUGUUGCUGAUCGACUGCUCGGAGUUGGAGCUGGGCAGGAACUUAGGCAGGAGAGAGAACCGUCUUGAUGACAACGUGGCAGCAGCGCGUAGACGACUCGCCAUCUACAGGGAGGUCACUCUUCCCAUGUUGAAGGCCUUUGAUGAGAAGAAUAGGCUGAAAAUUAUUGACGGCGACGCAGACUGGGAGCAAGUGGAAAGGGAAGUGAAGCGCGCCAUAUACGUCGAGACGCAGAGCCUGGGUCGACGAGUCCACAGGUCGGCCACCCACACGCCCACACCCUCCUUGCGGGAGACCUCUUCCCCACGCCCUGCCAGUCCUUGCUUGUCUGCCGCUACGCACCUCAGAGACCCGUCAGAUGAAGACACGAGUCAGGAUCAUGUCAACAGUAAUGUUCUGGCACUCCCUAGCCUCGAUCACAAUGUUUUGACACUCCCUACCCAUGGCCACAAUGUCUUGGCAUCCCCUAGCAUUGACCACAAAGUUCUGGCAUCCCCUAGCCUUGGCCGCAAUGUCUUGGCAUCCCCUAGCAUUGACCACAAAGUGCUGGCAUCCCCUAGUAUUGACCACAAAGUGCUGGCAUCCCCUAGUAUUGACCACAAAGUGCUGGCAUCUCCUAGUAUUGACCACAAAGUGUUGGCAUCCCCUAGCCAUGACCCCAAAAUUCAAGCACCCUCUAGCCAUGGCCUCAAGGUCUUAGCGCCCCCUAAACAUGACCAUAUGGACACCAGAUCAAUAUCGCAACAUGAUAUUGAUGAUGUGGAUGUCAUAGAAACAACACCCAAGAACUCUAUGAAAUGCAAGGGGGUCUGACAUCCGAAGGAGUUACACAUAGUUUGGCGAAACAGGUCUCUGCUAAUGCUCUCUUCCAUUAGAAACAAGGUUGACGACCCUGAAAGACAUCUGAGCAGCACUUCGACCUGUUUCAGUUGUUUUCGAGCUUCUAAGAAGCAGAAUGGUUGGCGGUGUGUUGACACAACCCGUAUUCUCGUUCUGCUUCCUCGUGUGGGUUUUAUUGUCCUAGUUUGUGAUCCGGAGGCCGACUAGAGAGUGUAUGUCUCUCUCUAUAUGUAAAUAUAUAUUGUUUUCUAUACACAUUAUGUCUCAUGCUAGAUUAUUAAUAUUAGAGCAUUAUAAUACUGAAUAAUUAAUCAUAAGUGAGAAAUAUGUUAUUAAACAAUAACCUAAGAGCGACAAAAUUAACGGAAUAACAAUAUUCUUAGUAAAUGAUUUCUUAGUCUUACGUUAUGCAUUGCAAUUUUAAGCGAACUAUCCCAUUAACAUCUCUCUGUGGUAAGGAAAUUCUUAUAAACAGUAAAUUGCCUCCAAUUGCCAGUAAUCGGCAAAUAUCUUCACUGAAUGGGGGAUAAUACAAACUUCAUUUUCUGAAGAAUUUACACAUUAGAUCUCAGGAAGUAAUGGUUGGACUACGUUCAUUCAGAUCUAAAAACCUCUUUGAGCUAGUGACCUUAAUAUGCUCAGUGAUAAACAACAACGUUUCGUCAUAUGUAGCAUAGGAAAUAGUAGACAACAGUAGUGAUUUUAUAACGUAUUUGAAACAUUAAAUGGUGAAUAUUAUCAAAUCAGUCAUAUUGCCUUCACUGGAGGGCAUAAUAGCUGAAACUUGUUGUUAAAUAGAAUAUGUAAGCAUGCAGAAAUUCACUAAAAGCUGGGUUUGUUAGCAGUGCUAAUGUAUAUAUAGUUGUAAAUACAGGAAGGUUGGCUUCAGUAUUCACGGUAAGAUACUCAUAGUCAGUCAUUAUUGAACAGUUUUUAGGUUUUGUUAAAUGCAUUUGUAUAUAUUUACAAGACUGAAUUCCAGUGAUGUUCAAAUAAUUUUCAAGAUGCAUUUCUUCACUAAUGUUAAGCUUCAGAUAGACAGGUCAUGAGGACAUUAGUUUCCACUUACACGAUUGGAACAAAUAACAAUAGUUUCCACUUACACUAUUGGAACAAAGAGAACAGAACGUAGUGCCUUGGGACUGACUUGUCAACAAUAAAAAGCCACUACUGAAACAUUGCAAAAAAAUAUUAUCCUUGACAAGUUACUUUCGAGGGAAAUGCUGCUCAUGAACGGCACCACAUUUCUUAGGAACUGUGAAAUAGAAAAAAAUAUUUUUAUUUUUUUCGUAGGAAUAACCUGUUAUAGAGGAUAUAAAAUAUGUUCUUAAACACAUUGGUCAGGAAGAAAACAUGUCGAAAGAUUUAUGUAGUACAAUCACGUGUGGCAGGGGAAAGCACAGACAAAUCCGAAAGAGUUCAGACAAAUCCAAAAUUUGGUUCAAGAGUUACCACUGAAGGUCAGUAUAUUUAUAGUUCUAGUUUCAAGGUCUCAGCCCUUAAAUCUCUUACAUGGGACCUAGCCAAGAGUUACACUUACCCAGAAUGUAUCCCAGGGUCAUAUUAUCUCUAGCGCAUUCAAGCGUUCAGCAGGUUAAGUACCGUUGGAGCUGGCCAGUAACAGGAUGAGUGACCCUGCGGAAAGCCUCGCCCGUAUCUUGGGAAAAUUGUCGAUGAACCUGUCUGGGUAAGCCACACUAAGUUUGACUAUUAGACUAUUACAACUAAAGAAGUAAAACAAGUUAGUACUGUAUAUAGUUAUCUAAGCAAAGACUUUUAAGACUUUUAAGUUUGUAUUCUUUAAGAGAAUGGUGUUCCUUGUGCCACCACUGACGUUAUGACAUACUUAACCAGCCCAGCAAUACUACUUAAUGUAAGAUAUAUACUGUGGUGAUAUUCAUCACUUAAUACGUAGUUAGGUAAUACAAAACUAGUGUUCGUUAUAUUGUAUUUCGAGUUACUUCACAUUGUUCAGUUGCCAGGGAAUAACAAUCAUAAAAUGAUCUCAUAGCCUAUUUACCGAUUUUCUGUAUUUUCACAAGAACAAAUAUAAUUUUAAGUGCAAGUUCUCUCUAAUUAUAAGCUGUACCUGUGCAUAUUAUAGAAGGCGGUUAUCUUUUGUGCCUUAAUUGUACGCCCACCCACAUUUAAUCCUUUUGUGUUCAAUUUCCCCAAGAUGAAAUGGUAUCAUUGGGAAUAAACUCAUUGUGUGUUCAGCUAGACUUCACUUGCACAUUCCCCUGAGUCUAACGGAACCACAGUCCGAAUCCUCUUUACGUUUUGCUCUCUAAUGAAACAUUGGUGCUUCUGAAGAAACGUUGCUGUCUAAUAGCAUUUGGUGCUUCUGAAGAAACGUUGUUCUCUAAUGAAACAUUGGUGCUUCUGAAGAAACGUUGCUCUCUAAUAAAGCAUUAGUGCUUCUGAAGAAACGUUGCUCUUUAAUAAAACAUUGGUGCUUCUGAAGAAACGUUGUUCUCUAAUAGCAUUGGUGCUUCUGAAGAAAUGUUUCUAGAUAGCUAUUGCAUGUCGAGAGACGCCAUUGUUUCCCCUUGCAGUUUUGACAGCAAAUUUGCCUCAUUUGUCUGGAGAAUUCACUUCCCAAGGCAGGCAAUAUUAUGACGACUGUCAAGCUAAGGACGUAAUGUGAUUUAUCGUUGCAUUGAUAUGGUAAACUGAAUCACAUUAGGUUAUGUUUUAUUUGUUAUUAUUAAAAUUAAAUUUUUUGCCAUGUUAGAUAUUUCAGGUGCCAUGUUAAUUAUUCAUCAUUUUUAAUAAAUGCAUCUAACAUAUGUAAAGUUUUUUGUUAAAUUUCUGUACAAUAUACAAAUUUUGAGUGUAUUAAUGAGUAAAUACGUUAAACAUGUAUUAACGGAAAUAAUGACUAUACUGUAUAUACAGUAUUGAACAUAAUUUAUGAUUUUUUUUAGCUAAUUCUGUAAUCGAACAUAUUUGGGAUAUUUUGUGCAUGUAAUGUAUAAUGAAAUGUAUUGUUAAAUUGCAUUACAAUGUAUUUAUCCUGCAUCAGUGUUAAUACUGACUAAUAACAUAGCCUAAUAUAACGUGACCUGACCUCAUACUUAGCUAAAACAGCGCACCCAAACACGUCCUACAUAAGGUGGGGAUCAAAGCCUCGUUCUGGGCUAGGCUAUCAGGGCCUUGCCCCUGGACUAGACUAUCGAACCUCGUUUUGUGCUAAGCUACUAGACCUUCCUUCUGGAUUAGGCUACCAGAACCUCGUCCUAAGCUAGGUUAUCACUUCCUUAUCCUGGGCUAAGCUACCAGAGCCCUUGUCCUGGGCUAAGCUACCAGAGUCCUUGUCCUGGGCUAAGCUACCAGAGCCCUUGUCCUGGGCUAAGCUACCAGAGUCCUUAUCCUGGGCUCAACUACCAGAGCCCUUGUCCUGGGCUAAGCUACCAGAGCCUUUGUCCUGGGCUAAGCUACCAGAGCCCUUGUCCUGGGCUAGGCUACCAGAGCCCUUGGGCUCAACUACCGAAGCCUCGCCAUGAGGUAGCCUGCGGAACAUCGUCUUUGGCUCUGGAGACUUACCGGGAUAUAAACCCUGACACUGGUAUACCACACAAAACCAGCUUGUCUUUGGUGAAGCUCACAAAGCUUUCAUGAUUUUCCCACACAACCCCCUCCCCUCCUGGUGCUACAUAGCCUUCCCGGCUUGGUGCCUUUUUGGAUUAUUACUUCGCACACACACCCUACACUGUUGCGCGUUAUCCCCCUCUUUUUAUUUGAUUCUGAUAAGGUGGCUUUAUUAGUAUUAUCAUUAAUAGUAGGAAUAGAAGUAGUAAUAUUUGCAGUAUUAUAAAUUAUUAUUAUUAAUGAGCCUCAUGACCAUUUUGUGGACGGUAGUAAUGUAACAAUAUAUAAUUGGUCUGAUGAUACAAGACUGAUUUUGGUCAUUAUCUGUCAACAUUAAUAAAGUCUGAUGCAAGAGGAUACCAUACGGUCGUGUUUUCAUUGAUUUAUUUUACAUUUAUCAAUAAACUAGUUAUGCUUUAU